GCAGUCUGAUGAUAUCACGAUUCACCUCAUGAGAGGACAUUCUCUGGCAUGCGGUAGAUCCAGUUUUUGUCCAAAUUUGUUUAUGUUAUCGAUGUAUGAAAUGCUCAAAACGUUCAGUUCUACUUUAUCGUGUGUAGUGAAUUGCAGAGAUCACCGAGAGAAUAGACUCUGUGUGUAGAGCUGAAAUGUUGAUUCUGAAUACGGAUUCUGUGUCUCGACAUCACUGGAGAAAAUGGCACAGAUGCUAUGCCAACAGGAUGAGCUGCGGAUCAUUGUGCUUGGGUCCAACCGGUCUGGCAAGACUGAAACGAUAAACACAUUCCUGGGAGUCGCAGCGGCCGAUCUUGUGGAAGGAGCAACACACUCCGUCAAGAGAGAGGGCGUGGUUGAGGGCAGGAAGGUGACUUUGAUUGACACUCCAGGAUGGUGGAGGUUUUAUUCCAUCACCCAAACCACAGAGUACAUCAAACGUGAACUUGUGCUGAGCACCUCUCUGUGUCCACCCGGACCCUACGCCUUCCUCCUGGUGGUCAACCUUGACAAUCAGUUCACUGAAAAUGAACAGAGUUCAGUGGUGGAGCACUGUAAACUCCUGGGUGAAAACAUCUGGGAACAAACCAUUGUCUUGUUCACCAAGGGGGAUUUAUUGACAGACAAAACCAUCGAGGAGCGCAUAAAGAACCAGGAUGAAAGUCUUGAGUGGUUGGUGAGAAUGUGCAAUUACAGAUAUCAGGUAUUUGACAACAAAACCAAAUGUGAUGAUCGAUCUCAGGUCAAAACACUUUUGGAUAAGCUAGACAAACUGAUCACCAGUGACCAUUACCGUCCCUUUGAGGUUGACCACAUGAAACGAAAACAUACUGAAGAGGCGAAGAAGGCUGAUAAGACACAAGGACUAAUAUAUAAGCAGAGAGUUAUGGAACAAAGAGAGAGAAUCAAGGCAAAUGGUGAGGUGCUCCUUCUACCUGAAAUAAGAAUGUUACUGGUUGGGUUUGUGAUUUCUGGGAAAAGCUAUGCAGGAAAUAUCAUCCUAAAUGGGGAUUAUUUUACCACUGGGAAAGUGACUGAGAAGGCUGAGAGAAGACAAGGCAAAGUUUUUGGCAGAAAUCUGACAGUGGUUGACACACCUGGGUGGUGGAAGUUCCUCCCGACUAAGUACACUCCUGGGCAGGUAAAGUCAGAGUUAGAGAGAGGAGUAGAACUUUGCGGAAAGUACCCUCACGCGUUUGUCCUCACUUUGCCGGCAGAGGUGUCAAUCCACGAGGAGCAGAGACAUAUAGUUCAGGAAACGUUGGAGAUGUACCUGGGAGAAGAUGUCUGGAGACACACCAUAGUUCUCUUCACGUGGGGAAAGCAGCUGAAAGACACCACCAUUGAAGAGGUCAUCCAGAGUGAAGGCAAACCUCUGCAGUGGCUCGUCCAGAAGUGUGGAAACAGAUAUCACGUCUUUGGUGAGAGAGCGCAGGAUAGCAAUCAGGUUGAAGAGUUUCUGGAGAAGAUUGUGGAGAUGGUGGCAGGAAAUUGUGUGCAUUGCCCUAUGAUGGCCCCUCAAACAAAAAUUGAAACAAAGGUUUGUAGUACAAAGGCAGAUGAAGAUGUUGCAUACACAGAUGAUGUCAUCGAUGCACUGUACAGAGAAUGGUUGGGACGAGAUGAGAAGAUGAUCGAGGAGGUCCGGAAGAAGUGGGACGUUGCUAUGGCAGCAUGCACACUAAAAACAAACAGAAGCAUGGAGAAACCAUUUGACCUUCAAGGAGAAUCACAAUCCAUGGACACUGUCAACCAAAGUGAAACAUUUCAGGAUAAUCCUUCUCAUAGUGCAGUUACAGAAGAUGAAUUGCAGACUGAUAAAAAUGGCCAAAGCAUCCAAAGACAGCAGUCUGGUGAUGAGAUGCUUGCCAGUCAUUUGAAAGAUCUGCUUGAUUAUGAAUGGAGACGACGGGACUUCAUAGUCAACGAGACAGUCCGUGAAGCAGUAAAAGAACUUAAACUGGAAAGUUCAUCUCAGCCAGAUCCAAAGGACUUGAGGGAAUCCAGGGACAAAGUUGUGAGCUGGUUACUGGCAAGCUCUGGCCAUGGCUCCUACAUGAGUGGCCCCCAAGAUCAUAUGAACAUCAGUAGGCCUAAACUGGAAAACGAGAUGCCACAGGAUGCAUCUCCAGACAAGGAAGGCUCAGACUAAAAAACACACUCUGUAAAAUGUAAUAUAUUUUAAGAAUUCAAAAUUCAAAAUAACUUUGAAAUAGAACAUAAUCUGAUUAUGGACUGAGAAUAUAAUCUGAUUAUGGACUGACAUCAUUGUCAGUUGGCUACUACUGUCGGUAAGUGGUACUGCAUCAAAUACUUGUUGUCGCUUCUCUAAUUCAUGAGAAAUGCUCUAAUACCAAACCAUGGCAGCAUAAUGUGAAUAAACAAAGGCUUUAUUUUUCAUGUUUUUAUGUCAUAUUCUCUUUUGUAUUGUAUGGUGUAACAACCAGAGUGCAUCAGAUAAUAAAACUUAUUUUAAAUUCA